CUGCGCUCUGGGCGUGCAGACGCCGCUUUGUUGCCCAAGGGGGGCGUUCGUGGAAGUUGAGGGGCUCGCAGGCCGGUGCGUGUGGGAGACCCGCCGCCGCAGCCCAUUGCAGUCGCUUCGCCCGGGAGCGUCCAGCGGGGAGGGUCGCGCCUGGCGGCAGCCAUGAGCGGCGGCGUGUACGGGGGAGAUGAAGUUGGAGCCCUUGUUUUUGACAUUGGAUCCUAUACUGUGAGAGCUGGUUAUGCUGGUGAGGACUGCCCCAAGGUGGAUUUCCCUACAGCCAUUGGUGUGGUGUUAGAAAGAGAUGAUGGAAGUACACUGAUGGAAAUAGACGGCGAUAAAGGCAAACAGGGCGGUCCCACCUACUACAUCGAUACCAAUGCCCUCCGUGUCCCAAGGGAGAAUGCGGAGGCUGUUUCACCACUUAAAAAUGGAAUGAUUGAAGACUGGGACAGCUUCCAGGCUAUUUUGGAUCAUACCUACAAAAUGCAUGUCAAGUCAGAAGCCAGCCUGCAUCCUGUUCUCAUGUCAGAAGCACCGUGGAAUACUAGAGCAAAGAGAGAGAAAUUGACAGAGUUGAUGUUUGAACAUUACAACAUCCCUGCAUUCUUCCUCUGCAAAACGGCAGUUCUAACAGCAUUUGCUAAUGGUCGUUCUACUGGGUUGAUUUUGGACAGUGGAGCAACUCAUACUACUGCAAUUCCAGUUCAUGAUGGCUAUGUCCUUCAGCAAGGUAUUGUGAAAUCCCCUCUUGCUGGAGAUUUUAUUACUAUGCAAUGCAGAGAACUCUUCCAAGAGAUGAAUAUAGAACUUAUCCCUCCAUAUAUGAUUGCCUCCAAAGAAGCUGUUCGGGAGGGGUCUCCAGCAAACUGGAAGAGAAAAGAGAAGUUGCCACAGGUUACAAGGUCUUGGCACAAUUACAUGUGUAACUGUGUUAUCCAGGAUUUUCAAGCUUCAGUGCUUCAAGUGUCAGAUUCAACUUACGAUGAACAAGUAGCUGCACAGAUGCCAACUGUUCAUUAUGAAUUCCCCAAUGGCUACAACUGUGAUUUUGGUGCAGAACGGUUAAAGAUUCCUGAGGGAUUAUUUGACCCUUCCAAUGUAAAGGGAUUAUCAGGAAAUACAAUGCUGGGCGUCAGCCAUGUUGUCACUACAAGUGUUGGAAUGUGUGAUAUUGACAUCAGGCCAGGUCUCUAUGGCAGUGUGAUCGUGGCAGGAGGAAACACACUGAUUCAGAGCUUCACCGACAGGCUGAAUCGAGAGCUCUCUCAGAAGACUCCCCCGAGUAUGCGGUUGAAAUUGAUUGCAAAUAAUACAACAGUGGAGCGGAGGUUCAGUUCAUGGAUUGGUGGCUCCAUUCUUGCUUCUUUGGGCACCUUUCAACAGAUGUGGAUUUCCAAGCAAGAGUAUGAAGAAGGAGGGAAGCAGUGUGUAGAAAGGAAAUGCCCUUGAGGAGCUCCCACAUCUCUGCCUUCCUGUGUCACCUUAUGUUUCAUAGCUUUAGUAUACUCAGGAAAAGAUUGACCAUCUUUUGUAGAAUGUUUAUACAUUUUUGCAUAUUUCAAUUCCCAUUUAAAUUUUUAAGGCUUUAACUGGUUCUAUAAAUUAAGUUUGUGCAAAUGCACUUAUUCUUAAUACAAGCAUUUUAUAAUUUUGUAUAAAUGUCUAUUUUCUCUAAAUAUUUUGCUUUCAGUAAAAUGCUUUCCAACUCUGUUUAGUAUAUUAUCAGUGGGUUGGUAGAAUUACUUUUAUUAACUAGUAAAGCUUAUUGCCUAUGCUUUUUACCUCAGGCUUGCAAAAUAAAAAUUACUAGCUAUUCCAGAAACACAUUUUUGAAAUGUUGUGUGUUGUGAUUUGCUGCUUAAAGUGACCUUAAUUUUUUUUUAAAGCCUUUUGCCUUUAAAGGAGCAGUUGACAUCAUUUAUACCACUUUAAGAUACUCAUGAUAUGCAAAUACUAAGAUGUCCAAAUGUCAGAAUUUAAAAAACAGGAAUUUUAACCUGGAUUUUCUAUCUGACUUUAAAGUUUUGGUAGAAGCAUUAGUGUGCUGUAGUAACACUUAAACAAUCAAAUCUGCUGGCAAAACCAGUUAUUUGGACAGCAAGCUGCUUUGCUGUGUGUGCAACCCAGGUUUGAAGGACACUUCGGUGCAGUGGUCUCUUUCAUUCUGCCUCCAUCUUAAAACAAUAACAACAACAGUCAUUUGGCUUUGUAAGACAUUUUAAAAUAUAUUUACUUUUGUUUAUAGGCCAAUGGGGGGGGCAACAUGGUAAGUUAGGGUCAGGGACUUUCAUGCUUGAAGCACCAGCUGUCCCCUGUUCAAUCCCCUGGCACCACCAUAAGCUAGAAAUGAGCAGUGUUCUGGUUAAAAAAAAAAAAAAAGUUCUAAUGUCUUAGACAAGACUUGAUUUCAGUGCUUUAGUAUGCUGUGGAAACUUCUCCUGAAGAAUUUUUUCUUUCCUUUUCUGUAAAUUUAUCUUCCUUGUUUUGAUGCGAAUUUGUUUCUCAAGUCUCAAUCUG